AUGCCCUAGGCCCCGCCCCCCCCCCCCCCCGCGGCAUCUUGGAGACGGCGGCGAGAAGAGGGGAAGGAGCGAGGACUGAAGCAUGGCCGCCUCUUCGGCUCUCAGGCUAAUCCUGGGCUCCUCGUCGGCGUCGCGCCGCCAGAUUCUGUCCGAGAUGGGAUACAAGUUCACACUUCUUAGUGCGGAUAUCGACGAGAAGGAGAUCAGAAAGGAGAAGCCAGAGGAACUGGUGGUCGCCUUGGCUCAUGCGAAAGCGGAUGCUAUUCUUGAGAAGAUGAAGAACAAUGGGAUGAUGAAAGAGAUUGUUGAUUCUCAAGAGACUACUUUGAUGAUCACCGCUGACCAAGUUGUGGUUCAUGAUGGAGUGAUUAGAGAAAAACCUAGUACUCCAGAAGAGGCACGGAAAUUCAUCAAGGGGUACUCUGAAAGCCAUGCUGCAACGAUUGGAUCUGUGCUUGUUACAAAUGUGAAGACUGGAGCUAGAAGGGAAGGAUGGGAUAAAGCAGAAGUUUAUUUCCACAAAAUUCCUGAUGAAGUUGUGGAGAGUUUGAUUGAGGAGGGCAAUGUCUUCUAUGUUGCUGGUGGUCUCCUAGUAGAGCAUCCCCUAACUUCACCUCUCGUGGAAGCCAUUGUUGGUACAAUUGAUAGUGUAAUGGGGCUACCGAAAGCACUCACGGAGAAGCUGAUCAAGGAAUCCCUUUCGGAGCCAUAGCUAGAAACCUCUGGACUGAACUGACCGGAGAUACAUAAAUCGUAUUGGUGGCGCUGGCAAAAUCUGUUUGGCAAACAUCGUAGUGUGAGAAUCAUGUACUAUUCAUCUUAUUUUUCGAACAAAAAACCAUGUGAUCAUCUCACCAUGAAUGGAAUUUAUCCUUGGCUCCCAUGACCAUACAUUC